UCUCAUUCGGGAACCUCCUAGCUCUGCGUACAGACUAGUCCCGACACCUCUAGCCUUCGUAUCGGCUUCAGAGUGGCACUCACCCAACUGUUUCCGGAAUGGCUUCGCACGAAUGUAUCCAGAAAAGGGCUUCACCUGUUUAGAUGUCGAUAUCCCUUUGCCGUCAAAAAGUCACAGAAUCAACGAAUCUAAGAGGUUGAUGGAUUAUUUUGAAUCCGAACUGAGAUCCGCUAUCUCGUUGUCUACCAUUCCCUUUCCACCAGUCAUUUUUGCUCGUGGCGCUGCCUCUCUCAUAGCCCAAACCUACAUCUCCUCGCAUCCAGCCACUGGCCUCGUCUUGAUCUCGCCUCCUUCGUCGAAUGAGGCUGUCGUUGAAUCGGGGCUUUUACCAACGCCACUACCUGAAUUCGAUUUCGAGCCUAACUUCCCUCUUGUCGUCGUUGCAACGCCACAACAGAUGAAGGUUCUAAGAGAGGAACACAGAUUGUUAAAAGAUAACAGUCUUGAUACGAUCAUUGUCGACGAUGUGGAAGGUCACGAUGCCUUUGCAAAGAUUGAGGAAUGGCUAGAUGAAAUGGGGGUAUGA